AAAUGAGCUCACUAACUCCAGUGCCUUCAGAUGCAUCCCUUUCCUGACAUUUUGUGGGGGCCUAAUUUCAAACUUGCAGAAAUAUUGCAAGGAUAUUACAAAUAAUUUCCUGAAAUCUUUUGCCCUAAAUUCCUUAUUUAUUUGCCUUUUACUCUGUGUUCUUCCUAUUGCAUUUCAAGGCAGUUCGGACAGGGAGGAAGGCUGAGUCUGUGUCAGUGUAGUUGCUUUGCCAAUUACAUUCUCUGGAGAAUGUGCUGCUGUAGUAAAACCCCUCUGGCAGGCACCUCCCUCUGGCAGAGGCUGUGGACUCCCUUCCCCUCCUUGCCUCAUCCGCUGCUGUCACCAAGGACGUUGAACAGGAAGAAGAGUUUGCUUGGAGAUUCUGCCAAGACCAAGAGAUUACAUUAAGGAAGGAAGGACACUGUCUGAGCAGAAGGGGCAAACCCUCAACUGGAGCUUCUACCCACCAGAAACAGUUCUGCGUGCAAACCCGCCAGCCUUCCAGGAAGCGAACAGGUUUCACCACCUCCAUCAUGAACUGGCACUUGGUCACCUCUGUGUUUGUUGUAGUGGUGCUGAAGAUUGUGGGAAUGACUUUCUUCUUGUUUUAUUUUCCGCAGAUAUUUGGUGAAAAUAAUGAUGGCUUCAUUCCUACAGGAAGCUAUGGAACAGUCCCACAGAUUUUUGGAACCACCAAUAUGGGCUUCGUUCCCACACAGAGCUAUAAUGGAACAGCCUGCAGCAAAGGAUGGGAUUUUUACCAAGGAAAAUGUUUUUUCUUGUCCACGGAUGAACUGUCUUGGAUCAAAAGCAAGAACUAUUGUGAAGCACAAGGGUCAAGUCUAGCCAUUAUCAACAGACCAGAGGAACUGAAAUUUCUCCAGGAUAUAAUUGGUGCAGAGAAGUAUUUUAUUGGCCUAACGUACAAGAGUACAGAGAAAAAGUGGCUCUGGAUCAACAAUCGUUUAUUCAAUGGCAACAUCACCAAUCAACACCCAGAGUUUGGCUGUGUGACCAUAGGCCUAACAAACACCUAUGAUGCUGCCUCGUGUGACAUAAGCUACCGGUGGAUCUGUGAGAAGAGAGCAGAGUGAUAGAGGCCUCCCUUGAGAGAACAAAAAAAAUACUUAGGAAGGGAGCAGAAGAGGAUAUUUAUAACUGGAGUGAUGCCAUAGGAAGUACAGACCACCAAAUUGUUAUGUCAGUCAUCCACAGAUUGUUGGUUCCUUGCAAAGGAUGCAUUGGCCACCUCCACAAAUGUAUGUGCAUAUACACAGUGAAGAGAAACUGUAUGCCUGGACCAUCAUGCCCCACCCACCCCACACACACACAAGACUCCGUUUCCUGUGAGAGUCACAUCUCUGACUGACUGGAUCCAUAGAGGUCAAGUUGUUCUAGUGAAUGAUAGUAUUUAUGGUCUGUUAAUGUUAAUAAUCUGUCUCCUAGGAAAAUGCCUUGACAGUUUAAGGAGAUGAACUUCUGUAUCUUCUCUGGGAGAUUAAAUACUAGUGAGCUCUAGGAGGAAUGGUCAGUUUUAUGCAUAAAACCCAGUUAGCUAACUGACAAGAUCUUUCUGUAGAACUGAACAUUUCUGAUGGAUUCACAAUCGGAGAAAUUGGGGGCCAAUCAGCUAUGAACUUAAGAAGAAAGCAAAGAAGUAGGAGAAGUGAACUUAGUUAAUGUGACCUCAUCUCUAGUCCCAAGAGACCUUUAUUCUCAUGCCCCUAUGGCUGGCCUGCUUGGGACAUCAGAGCGUCUUCAGUCGUGAUGGAGGUCAGCCCAAGACAAGGGCUCCUGAAGCUCAGCUCAGCAAGUACAUUAGAAAGAAAGGCAGCAUAGGGAAAGGAGCCCCCUCACCCUGUGCCCCACAGGAAACCAGGAGAAGGGCCCAGGGGCAAGCCCAGAAGCCCAGUAUGUCUGCAUAUCCUGCCCCAGCACUGCCUCCCUCCCUGACAUGCAAAUGGAGGCAGAGGAGAACACCUGAAGACAAAGGUUGAAGUACAUCCCCCGAAGGUCUCAUCCUUCCUCUGAAGAGACUUUAAAGUUGAGAAGACCAGAAGGCUUGGGGCCUUUAUCUCUUUUUCUCGGCAUGGCUUGUACUUUCUUCUCCUUUUCUGUCCUUACUUUCUCCCAAUAAAUGUUCAUCUUCUCCCUGAAA